AGGAGGACGCCAUGUCCCAUACCCAGUCAGAUAGCUCUAUGGGGGACCAGGCUCCUCUAAUUCUGGAGAGCCAAUUCUCCACAGAACUCCAUAUAUCUGAGCCAGGUGAUGAGUGCUGCCAGUCACAGAGCUCCCCCACACCGCAAACUGAAACAUCUGUGCCCCACGAGGAUGUAGUAGACAAGCAGGUGCUUUUGAGCACCCACAGCGCAGCCGCGUUAAAGGUUGGCACCCAUCAGCUCAUACCUAAGAAUUUAGCUGUGGGCAGCCGGCCUAAACACCGGCACCACACCACAGUGGUGACAUUCCCAUUGGGACUGGAGAACUCCAGUAGUGGGACCCGAAGCCGUCACUCAACUCAGGGGCCGGAUGUGACCUGGGAGGAUUAUGACAGUGAUGGAGAUGGCUUUGCUUUGAGGAGGAACCGCAGGAACAAGUCAUAUAGAGCAGCUGUGACCAGCCUGGAUAUUGAAGCUAUGGCAAAGGGACAAGGGACUAUGUCAACACUGAAACCUGUCAAAGAAGACAGAGCAACCAGUCCUAGUCCAGCUCGCAGUCCUGGACGCAAGCGAACCCUAGGAAGAAGAAGGAACCGGAACCAGCGUGGAUCCUUUAAAGAUGCUACACCGUGCCUCUACCAGGAGAUACGUGAGCGAGGGCUACACUCUACCAACCAGGAUGAGUUGCUGGAUGACUUUGUGGUGGUGGAGCCACCUGUUGAGGACCAGGGCAUUAUCGUGAAGAGCUAUAGGCCAGUACAGCUCACCUGGAGCCAGCUGCCACAGGUGAAAGAUACAGGUAUCCUGACAAUGAUCACACCUCAAGAGAGAAAGAGACAAGAGGCCAUCUUUGAAAUCAUGACCUCGGAGCAUUCCUACCUGCACAGCCUGGGAAUCCUGGUACGUCACUUCCAGAGCAGUGAAGCUCUGAGGAAAACGAUGACGGCCACAGAGCACCAUCACCUCUUCUCCAACAUCUCUGUCAUUCAACAAGUCAGCAAACGGUUUUUUGAGGACCUUGAACGUCGUCACUAUGACAACCCAGUAAUUCGGGAUAUUAGUGAUAUUGUUCAGAAACACGCUGCCCACCACUUUGAGCCCUACAUUGUCUACUGCUCGAACGAGACCUUCCAGCAGAGGACGCUGCAGAAGCUGCUGACAAGUAAUACUGCGUUCAAAGAGACCCUGAAGCAAAUUGAAGGAAGCAGUGAAUGUGGAGGCCUCCCUAUGAUCUCUUUUCUCAUCCUUCCCAUGCAGCGAGUCACCAGACUGCCACUGCUGCUGGAUACAAUUUGCCAGAAAACUCCAGACAAGACGGCAGAGUACUUUGCUGCUGUUUGGGCACUGCACGCCAUCAGCAAGUUGGUCACUAGCUGCAAUGAUGGAGCAAGGCGUAUGGAGAGGACAGAGCAGAUGUAUACCAUCCAGAAACAGAUGGACUUUGGUAAAAUCAAGCCAUUUCCACUGGUGUCAUCUUCGCGUUGGCUGAUGAAGCGUGGCGAGCUGGCUGUCUGCACUGAAGAGCUCAGCAUCUGGAGGGCUUUCAGCCACAGGAGCUACUACCUAUUUCUCUUCAAUGACGUACUGAUCAUCACCAAGAAGAAGAGUGAGGAGAGCUUUGUGGUGAUGGACUACGCCACUCUGGAGAAUGUGGAUGUGGAGGUCCCAGUCGAUGCAGAGGGACGGAUGUCUCCGCCUGCCAAGAACAGCUCCUACCUGUCUUUCAGACUGCUGAUGAGCAAGAACAGUGAGGGGAGACCGGAGCAGACCUGCCUGGUGGCAGAGUCCAGGGUGGACCGGGCUCGUUGGAUAGUUGCUCUCAAAGAGCACAAGGAGGCGGGAGUCAUCACAUGUAAAGAUGGUCUGCCACAGUAUGAGGCCACCAAAGCAUACAUGCCAAAGGAACCAGAUCAGCUGGGGCUACAGCAGGCUGAGCUCGUCAUUGUUUUUCAGCAAGAAGAGGACUGGUGCUUCGGGGAGAGGAUGCGAGAUGGAGAAAGGGGCUGGUUUCCUUCCAGCUGUGCCACAGAGAUCACCAACCGCACUGCCAUGGAGAACAACAUGCAGCGCAUGAAGCGCCUGCGUAAGGAGACAAAUGUAUGAGUGCUUCUCAGUGUCUAAACUAUCAGGUGUACAAAACAGUGUUCAGUGUCUAAGACGGUCAUU